AUGAUUUGUGAUGAUGAAUGUGAGUGCAGGUGGUGGACUAGGGAGACUGUGGCUGUGGUCACAGGGGCAAACAAAGGCAUAGGUUUUGAAAUUGUACGUCAGUUGGCAGAAAAUGGUUUAACUGUUGUUCUCACUUCAAGAGACCUCAGUAGAGGAUUGAGAGCCACCAAAACCCUUCAUGAUGAGGGUUUCAAUAAUGUUGUAUUCCAUGAGCUGGAAAUACAGAACUUGCAGAGCGUUUCAGAGUUUGCAAUGUGGUUGAAGGAGAAUUAUGGUGGUCUGGACAUCUUGGUCAACAACGCUGGGAUCUUUGGUACCACCAUUGAUAAGGAAGCUGCAAUUCAAGCUGCCUGUGUCUCACGAAUGCAAUAUGAUUUGAUGAGCGAUCCAGCUUUUUCCCAAGCAUUCAAGACAAACUACGAGAUGUCCAAGAAAUGCAUAGAAAUAAACUACUAUGGCACUAAAAGAAUCACAGAAGCAUUACUGCCCCUGAUCAGACCAGAAGGUAGAAUUGUGAACGUUUCCUCAGAGGCCGGAUUGCUAAAGAUGCUGAAGAAUGAUUCCCUUCAAACCGAACUUUCAAACAUUUCAAAAAUAACAGAGGGAUUAAUUGACAAGAUGCUUGAAAUGUUUCUACAUGAUAUGAAAAGUGGUAAUUUGGAAGGAAAAGGUUGGCCAUUUUUUACACCUCAUUACUCUCUGUCAAAGAUUGCUUUGAAUGCUUAUUCUCGCAUGCUUGCUCAGAAAUUAUCAGAAAGAAGAAUAUAUGUGAAUAAUGUACAUCCAGGAGAUGUUCAAACUGACAUGACUGAUUACUUGGGAAGUUUAACUCCCUCUCAAGGAGCCCACAGUUGUGUAAUGCUAGCUCUGUUACCUCCUGGUGGGCCUUCUGGACACUUCUUUUUCAUGAAAGAAGCCCAUUCUUUCUGAGUGUAUCUUCAUUUUAUUUGAAGUAUUAGUUAUAUAAUCUUAUUUGAAAUGCAGUUUAAACUGCAUUUUGUAAUUGAUUCAACUGGGAUCAAAGCCCAGAGUAAAUAUUAUAUGAGCUAGGAGGCAGAUUCCCCAUGUUUUCUAUGAUGACUGUACAAGAUACGCUUCUCAGUAGAUUGGAAUGUAGGUUUGUUGUCAUGGCUUCACAUGAUAUAUAUAAAAGAA